AUGGAAUUUACGCAAAACACUAAUUGGCCUUGUGGGUUUCCUGAGCUGCGAAGCGAGGCCACCGAGACGCCUCAGGGUCAAGUUGCAGAUGUAAAAGCACCGGAACCCCCUCCACUGCAGCCCGCGUUCAGGCAAACCGACACCGUUAUGCCUGAUGUCGAUUGGCUGCGCUACAUAGCCACCGCUAUCUCUGACAUGGAGCACCGAAUAACCGACCGUAUAGCUUCCAUGGAACAGAGCAUAACUGGCCAACUAACUGCCAUGGAUGGUCGACUAGCUGCCAUGGAUGGUCGUCUGACUGUCAUGGAUGGUCGACUGGACACGCUGGAGAAAGGUGUCCUCCAGAGAUCCACACAAACAACUGCUGAGAUGACGUCCUUGAGGGCAGAGUGUCCAGUUCCAUCGCCCAUGUCCUCCCUGGAAGAGUUUGAUUCCUUCGAGGGCAAACUCCGAGACAAGCAAUUUCGGCAGCAGACGGUUGCCUUCUUGCGCACGCUGGGCGGUUGGAGGGUCCGAGACUUCGUCAAACGGCUCUUGGAGCCCCUCUUCACCAGCCGCCUGCUCGCCAACUUCAACCUCACCGGACAGUUUGGGCGACGCAACUUCCGGCGAACUCGGGCUUAUGUUCUGCUGGAGGAUGUGUUUCGAAAGUGGGCUGAAGACCACCACUACGCCCACCCCCAGGACUUCGAGACGGCCAUCCGCAGCCUGCUCAGAUCGGCAAAGGCCUCCCGGUAG